UAUCUGUGUUCACCGAUCACCAGAGUUUAGAAUUAUCGAAAUAAAAUAAUUACACUAAAAUACCUCCCACGAAAUGUUCAAUAAAAGUUGCUGCUCUAUAUGCCUAUCUGAAAAUAAAAGAAUUAUCAACAUUUACGGUACAGAUCUGCAAAAUGUUUAUGAGAAACUAGCUGAAUUUAAGGUGAAAGCAGAGUUAUGUUUUCUGUGCUACAUAUGUCGUGCGAGACUACAACAAGUUGCCAACCUUCAGAACAUUGUAACAAGCAGUGGCCAGUUAACAAAAACUUUAGUCCAUCUUACGACACAGAAUAUUGAAAAUGAAACGGUACAGGACCAUGUCGUGUUAGUCAAACAGGAGCCUCUGGAAUUUGAGAAUGUCCAGUACAGACACAUGGAACAUGAUGAUGUGCCCAUAAAAUUUGAAAUGGAGAUUACUGAGUAUACUUGUGAGAUUGAAAUAACAGACAAAGGUAUUGACUAUGGAGUAAAAGAAGAAAAAACCACCAAUCAACAUGGAAAUGAAAUUGAUGGAACAGUGCAAGACUCACGGGUUGUGGAUUGUAUAGUGCGACCAAGUCAAAGUGAUAUUAACAAACAUGUCCACCAAAGUCCAACAACACACCUGGUCGUAGAAGAUCCCAAGGGCUGGGGGGGUCAGCCAAAAGGUAAAGGUAUCAAACACGAGGACGAGCGACCCAACACAGAUGACUGCGAGGGGCGAGGCCAUGCCAGCGCAGCACAGGCCAGCAAGACACCCCACACCUGUGAUGUUUGUUUGAAGAACUAUUCAACAAGAAGCAAUUUACUGAGGCACAUGAAAACUAAUACAUGCUCAUUUAGCUGUGACACAUGCUCAAUUUCUUUUUCAAAUAAACAAGCUUUGACUGAACACAUAAACUGUGUUCAUACUGGCGAGAAACCAUUUAGCUGUGACAUUUGUCUUAGUGAAUUUACUACAACAAAAGAGUUGGCUGAACACACCCACACACACACAGCACAGUCCAGCAAGAUACUUCACACCUGUGAUGUUUGUUUGAAGAAUUAUUCAUCAAGAAGGUAUUUACUGAAUCACAUGCAAACUCAUACAUACUCAUUUAGCUGUGAAACAUGUUCAAAAAAUUUUUGCAGUCAAAAAACUUUGGAUGAACACACAAGAGUUCAUACAGGCGAGAAACCAUUUAGUUGUGACAUGUGUUCAAAGAAGUUUGCUACAAAAAUAAGGUUGACUAAACACAAAAAAGUUCAUACAGAUGAGAAACAAUAUCGCUGUAAUGUUUGUUUUAAGAAUUUUCGUGAAAAGAGCAAUUUGAAUUCACAUAUUUACAGCGUUCACAUAGGCGAGAAACCAUUUAGUUGUGACAUAUGUUCAAAGAAUUUUUCUACAAAAAAAGAAUUGACUAUACACACAACAAAUCAUACGGGCGAGAAACCAUUUAGUUGUGACAUAUGUUCAAAGAAAUUUUUACUGAAAAGCAUAUUGAUUGGACACAUAAGAGUUCAUACAGGCGAGAAACCAUUUAGUUGUGACAAGUGUUCAAAGAAGUUUUAUACAAAAACAGGGUUGACUAAACACACAAUAGUUCAUACAGAUGAGAAAUCAUAUAGCUGUAAUGUUUGUUUUAAGAAUUUUCGUUUUAAGUGCAAUUUGAAUUCACACAUUUACAGAGUUCACAUAGGCGAGAAACCAUUUAGUUGUGACAUAUGUUCAAAGAAGUUUUCUACAAAAAAAGAAUUGACUGUACACACAACAGUUCAUUCGGGCGAGAAACCAUUUAGUUGUGACAUUUGUUCAAAGAAAUUUGCACAGAAAAGCAAUUUGAUUGUACACACAAGAAAACAUACAAGCCAGUGAUGUUUGUCCAAAGAAAUUUCGUACGAAAAGUGAUUAGACUGUAUUAAGUCCAGUGUGUGCAUACUUGACUUAAUACAGGCGAGAUGCUUCAACUCCCAAGCGGCCACAUGCGGCCGCGAUUACAACAGAUAAG